AUGCAACUUUCCCGGGAGAAUUCUAGUCUUGCAGAGAUCCAAAGCCUAGCGUCGCUGCUCAAAUCACAGGGAAUCUCAAGGAACCUUUCCGAAGCCAAGAAGAUCCAUGCUCGAGUUUUGUGUGGCAAGUACUGCCGGAAUAGAUACCUCGGGAAUCUGAUAAUCGAAAUGUAUGGAAAAUGUGGUAGCACCAAGGAUGCUAGUCAGGCGUUUGAGAGCAUGCACGGGCCGAAUCUUUUCUCCUGGAACAUCCUUCUUACGGCGUAUGCCCAUAAUGGGCAUAUUUCCGAUGCUAAGCGUGUGUUUUUGAGCAUGCCGGUCUGGGACAUUGUGUCGUGGACCGCAAUAUUGACGGCAUUCUGCCAAAACGAUCAAUUGGACGAGGCGAAGAUUAUAUUCGAGAGAAUGCCAGAGUGGAACUCAGUAUCCUGGAAUUCUUUAUUAGCUGCAUAUGCACUUAGUGGGCAUCUUGAGGAAUCUAAACAACUCUUUGACAAUAUGCCAGAGAAAAACGUCUUGUCGUGGAAUCUCAUGCUUCAGGCAAACGUCCAAGCAGGGAAUGUCGAGGAGGUUCUGCUUUUGUUCCACGAGAUGCCGCAGCACGACAUUGUGACGUGGACAAGCAUUGUAAGAGUAUAUGCCGUGACUGGGCAUCUUGAAAAGUCUAAGCAGGCGUUUGAUGUCAUGCCCGAGAGAGAUUCCUUCUCCUGGAACAUGCUGAUGACGGCAUAUUCUCAGCACGGCUAUGUCAGUGAAGCUAAAGAGCUCUUUGAUCAAAUGCCAGAAAACGAUGUCACUUCCUGGAAUGUGAUGAUCACAGCCUACUUUCAAAACGGGGAUACGGAAAAGGCCAUGAAAACGUUUGAAGAAUCUCCAGAUGGUGAUGUCUUCUCGUGGACCUGCAUUGUUGCUGCACACGCCCAAAACGGGGACCUCGAGACGGCACAAGAGCUGUUCGAAAAAAUGCCCCAAAGAAACAUUGUAUCCUUCAAUGCCAUGAUCACCGCUUACGGCGAAAGCGGGCUCCCUGAAAAAGCUAAGGAGAUGUUCAGCAGAAUGCCGCAGAGAAACACUGUUUCUUGGAACGCUUUGUUGCAAGCUUAUGCCCAAAGAGGCCAUCUUGAAGAAUCCUACGAAAUUUUCACCGUCAUACCAGAGCCCAACUCCAUCUCAUGGAACACGAUGAUCACAAUGUAUGGCGAGCGCGGUCAUCUCGAACAAGCUAAAAUAUUCUUCGACAAAAUGCCUUUUCACGACGUUGUCUCAUGGAACGCUAUGAUCCAGGCAUAUGCCCAGAACGGUCAAUGCAAGGACGCCAUUCAGCUCUUCUUGACCAUGUGUCAACGGGUCAUUGACCUUGAGUCAACAACGUUUCCUAUCGUUCUGGAGGCAUGCGGGACGCUGGGGAGCGCCGCCGCUGGUCAGCACGUCCACGCGAGGGCCGUUGACUCCGGCCAGCAGUCAAACGUGGUCGUGGUCAGCGCCCUGGUCAACAUGUAUGGGCGGUGUGGCCACCUCGGGCGAGCCAGGCACGUCUUUGACACAAUCCCGCACAGAAACACCAUCUCCUGGAAUGGGAUGAUCGCGGUUUACGCGCAAAACGGCCGAAACAUGGAGGCUCUGGAGCUUCUCAAGACCAUGGACGUGGAGGGCGUUGACACGAGCGAGAUAACUUUCAUCAGUGUUCUAGCUGCGUGUAGCCAUGCCGGGCUGGUUGAGAAGAGCAAGAGCUACUUGAGAUCCAUGGGCUUUGAUCGUGGGCUGGCGGCGGUGGUGGAUCACUACGAGUGCCUGGUGGAUGUUUUGGGGCGUGCUGGGAGGAUUGGGGAGGCCGAGGAGCUCAUCGCAAGCAUGCCUUACACCCCUGGUGCCGUGGCUUGGACGAGCUUCUUAAACACUUGGAGAACAGGCGUCGAUCACCGGCAAAAGUUUGGUUCUUCUGCGGCUGAGAGGGCGGCUUCGCUUGAUCCAGACAAUGCCGCUCCUUAUUUGCUUCUUACAGAUGCAAUUGUGGGCUGA